GUGUACGUGUACGGGAGAGGUGCCGCGGACGCGGCUGAGCAGCGCCCCCUCAGGCAGUCAGCACGCCGAGGAUAAGGUGAGAUAAAAGGGAGCCAGAGGCGCGGGUGUGCGGCCGAGCAGCAACGGUGGAACUACUCCGCAACCAUGGCGCCAGCAGCCCUGUCGGCCACCGUCCUUCGCGUCUCUGCCGGUGUUAGGACCGCCGUCGCCGCACCCGCCGGCGUACUCCGGUUUGGCAAGACGGCUUGCCUGCACUCCGGCCACUCUGAGGGCCAAGCUGUGCUGCGAUCGAACGCGCUGCUGCUGAGGCCCGUGGGACAGAGGAGGCGCUCGGCGCUGAGAAGCAGCGUGGAUGACUCCAAAGCCACGGAUGACAAGGUGGAGUUCGGGUACUCGAGGAAAGACGUGCUGCUGAUCGGCGUCGGCGUCACCCUCCUCGGCUACGGCCUCAAGUCCGGCCUCGAGUUCCUCGGCGUCGACCCCUUGCAAGCCGGCAACGUGGUCCAGCUCUUCAUCGUGCUCGGGAUGACGGUAGGGUGGAUCUCCUCCUACAUGAUCCGUGUGGCCAACAAGGACAUGACCUACGCCACGCAGCUCAGGAACUACGAGAAGCAAGUCAUGGAGAAACGGCUGGAGAGCCUGUCGGAGGCGGAGCUGCAGGUGCUGCUGGAGCAGGUGGAGGAGGAGAAGGAACGCCUGCCGCCGAUGAGGAGGGAUCAGGGUAUCACCAUCAACAGGAAGACGGAGGAUCAAACCACUGCCAACUGAUAGCUAGAACACCUCGAUAAUGAUACUAGCCCAGUACACUACACACUGUUAGGAUAGCUUGCAUCGAUGUAUUACGGCUUUUCCUUUGUUAUAAUAAUCAGUAGCACAAUGUAGUGCUUUUAGCAGCAGCACUGAGUGUUAUACUCCCAAGAAUACAGUAGUUACCAAGAUUCA